GCAAAGCAUAAUUCAGCAGAAACGAGAAAGUGGUUGCAUAUCUGGUGACUCCAUUUGCUGUCACGUCCGCUGUCAUGAAGUGUGACCACAAGAAAUUUAUUUUACUGCUUUCAUUCGCGGUGUAUUUGAUUCUUAAAGUGGAAUCGAAGCAUGAUAAAGAUAUAACAGUUAAUGUUAUAUCAGGAGAUAAUGUGACAGCUUACUUCACGUUUAAAGAUUCUGGUAUCAACAGUACAUCCAUCCCACUUAAUCUGUACAAAAAUGGCAAAAAGAUAGGAAGUUGCAAACAAACUAACAAAAAUUGCUUUGAAAGGUUUGUAAUCAGUGAUGUGGACGAUAACAAUACUGCAACAUUAUACAUUAUAAAUAUCACAUCGGAAGAUGAUGGAAAAUACCACAUUGGUCUGUUCGCUGAUGCCUAUUAUUUCAAGGCUAUUUUAAGCAAUAAAAUCUUCUUUACAGUCAAGCCAUGUGAUAAAACAAACGAAAGCAGCACGACAUCUGUGCCUAAAACCACAGUAAAUGACUCCCUUAAACCAGAGGAGACAUCUGUACAAACGUUCAUUUACAUCAGUGCAUCAGCCUUAAUGUUUAUAUGUAUAUUUGUGGGCCUGCUGUGUUGGUUUCAUAGGACCUGCCCAAGAAAAUCAGCCACAGAUAACCCUCAAGCCCAGAGCAACGGCACAACACAAGGGGAUUUUGGGAGAUCUGGCGGUGUGUCCGUCAGCUGUGUGGAGUACGGCGAGUUAGACUUUCAAAACCGACCCGCAAGAGAUGACAGAGUAAAACAUGCCGAGGUGACAUCAAAGGACCAAGACAGCGUGGAAUAUGCUGCUAUCAUUUUCCCUCAGCAAAAACAGAUACCAGGUGGGCGGAUGAGAGAUAAUCAGCGAGCACAUCCCGUUACCAGAUAAACAUAACAUAAAGUGUCCACUAAGCCUUUUUUUUUACUUUUUUGACUGUUGCUGUACACCUAAUGUAUAAUACUUUGGGAGGUUUAUUUUGUCAUACUUGAUUAGAAAAAGGACAUUUAUAAAUUUUUCUGAUACUGUUAACUUGUAACAAGUGCCUACGCACAUCAUACAUGCUUCUCAUUGUUAGUUAAGGCAAAAUAACACUGUAAAAAUGUCACUUAGUGCAACACUGAGUCACAUAAUGAGGUGCUAACCACAGAAGCCCCCUUGAAGGAAUUGCUACUUGAAUAUUGCUCUGUUUUUGUUUUAUGUGGUGCCCGCAGGCUUACUGUACUUCACUCUCACGGUGGUUGUUUAAAUGCAUCGGCUUUUGAUCAUUUUUUGUGUGGGCCGCUUCUGUCCUGGGCCUAAUGAGUAGAAUUUUGAGAAGCUAAUAGAUGGUUUCAGCAGUUACAACAUAAACAAGUGGCUUUCGUGGUCAACACGUAACUUCCGGUAAACUCUGCUAAGAGUAACAAAAUAACAACAAAGUACUUAAAAUGUUGUUUAUUUAUAUAACAAGCAAAAUAAGAAACACGUAGAUUACAUAAGAAACAAAACCAUUGGUUAUUUUCGACAAGGUAUUUGUUCAAGAGUUUAGCAACUAGUCAGACCAUUAAAAAAACUGUAAUCGGAAGUAAAGUUCGGACCAGACGCGUAUCGCGUCACCACACGUGUGUCUGAUGAAACCGUCUAUAAAAAGUGAAAUUUGGAUCAACUUAAAAAAUUACUUGAAUUGGUAACAUCAAAA